AUGGAUAUUAGUACAUUAGAUGGUACAAUUGAUGCAGCAAGAAAUCUUGAAACUGGCCAAACUUACACUCGAUCUAUUCCAUCAAGGGCAUCAGCAUUCUUUAGUGAACAAAAAUUUGAAAAUAACUCAGUUAGACAAAAAGUCAUCAUUGAAAAUGCUGUUGUGGCUGCAACCAUAGAUAACGGAGCUGCUUUCAGUGUUGUUUCAAAGUUCCUACUUGAUGAAUUAGGAUAUGAAAUUGAACAAGCUACUAAUAAUACUCUUAUUACAGCUGCAGGAAGUCAACCAAGACCAUUAGGAAAUAUUAAUUAUUUCUCCAUUUGUAUUGGAACCUUUUGCAUUCCCGUCUCUUUUGAUACGACUGACGUUAAUAACCCAUCAGUUACUACUGGGUUGAAGAAGGAGUAUUGUGGACCAACUACCGAAGAUGAUGAAGGAGGAGAAAAAAUUGAAGAAGGAAGUGUACAAGUUAAUUUAAAUGUUGGCCCAUUAACUACUCAUCAGAAAGAGAAGUUUGAUAAACUAGUUGAAGAAUGUCAAGAUAUUUUUGCAAGAGAUGAAUCAUAG